AUGGCGGCUUUGACAAGUCGCCGAGUGACGGCAGGUGGUCGAAGUGCUUUCACACCUGAUGGUGUCCGUGUACAUCGACGCCUCGAUCGGACACCUGAGCUGGCGGACAAAUUCAGGAGACUUACGCCGGAAAACAAGGCCAAAUUAUACAGCCUCCGAUCAGCAGUGGAAGAAACCAAGCUUAAGAUGUCGAGGCUGGAAGACGAUCUCGAAGAAAAACAGGCGCUGAUUGAGCGUGAGCAAGAGUUACGGCAUGCUGCUGAGUAUCAGCUGAGGGAGAGCCUGGUGGACAUGUAUGGAGACCCUUCAGUGACAGAGGAGCUAAGGCAGAGACUACCUCACUCCUCACCCCAUGACAGAAUCAGGGGACAGUCCCUCAGCCCCACAGGGCACAGGUCCCCUCUGGGUAAAAUGACAUCAAGUGGACAAAGGUUUGAUUCCUUGUAUGGCAGAGAGAAUUUCCUUAGUGAACGACACCAAGGAGAUGUAAGGAGGAGCCUAGAUUUUGGGGAUUCCUCGAGCCAACGUGCCAAGCGAGAGUCAAGACGUGCGAGAAGGUCUCGAUCUCUACCCAGCGAAAGCUCUGACCAGGACAUGGAUGCCGACCAUCAUUGUUCUCGCAGACGUGACCCCAGGGGUAGUAGUCAUUCUCCCCAGGGCAUGGUUAUGCUGUACCCCAUGGCAGUGCCGUCAGUGGUUACCAGCCUAAGUCAUCCUCAGAAUAGUAAUGUUAGCGGGACUCCUGUUACUUAUAUCCCUGGGGUAGUACCACAGACUGUCCCUCAGGUGACUCAGGCUUCCACUGCCCCACCCACAGGGCAACAAUCAUUUGUGGGUAGUCACCCCACACACAGCCCGCUACAGUCUUCCGCCACCACGUGCCCUGGCUAUGUGGGUGGUCCGAACAUUCUUGUAACACCUAACCCAUCUGUACAACCUGCACCCACCUCUACGCUGGGGUCACCGACCACACAUCAGGUUGCCUACCUUCUCGAGGAACUCAAGCUAGAACGAGCUCGUAAUAAUAAACUUCAAGAAAAACUGGACAGAUGUCAGGAGGAAUUAGAAGUUGCUCGACGAGCAUUGAAGACAAAGGAAAUAGAAAAAGAGGCUACAACAUCUGGUCAAGUUUCAGCCCUUAUUCAGGACAUUCGGGAUGCACAGUUAACUCGUGACUCUGCAGUCCUCAGCAGAUUGAAAGUGGCCAAUCAGGAGAGGACUAACAUGUACCUACGGCUGAGGCAGUACGGGGCUUUGCCUGACCAAAGGGAAGAACCCAGCUUUUCUCCAGAAGAGGAAGAUGAAUUUAGUGCUGAUGAAUACCUUGACCUGGACAUUGACUCAUUGCUGAGGAAGCUACAGUUGCAGACCUUGCCCAAGCAAAUAGAGGCGUACGGGGAGGCAAUGGCCACUAAGAUCAGUGCGAAUCAGAGGAGGAGGGAGGAAAUCGUGGCUGAGGAGAUGCAAGUAGUCCUGGAGGAACGGGAUUUGGCCCUUGCAAAAUGCCAGAAGCUAGAGAAACAGCUGAAUCAACUUGAGAGGAAGGAGAACCCCUUCUGUCUGUCUCCUAGUCCAGAACGCUCGUUAAAGACUGAACUUGCCAAAGCAUACAAUGAGCUGAGCAUGUCCCAGUGCAAAGUGGAUGAUCUGGAGGAGGAAUUGCAGACACUGAGAAUCUAUCAUAGUCUUCGUAAGGAUGUGCUAACUACUACUGAGAUGAACAACACCGUAGACCUGUACAAAGUCCAGCUUCAAGAGAAGGACUGUCACGUAGACAGCGUUCAGAAGGAGAACAACUUACUCAUGUCUCAGCUGAGGACGGUCAAUGAGGACCUGAUGAAAACCAGCGCAGCUUACAAAGAGAGUCAGGAAAGUCGGGAAAGGCUAGUACGACUGGCGCGGGUUUUGAAGCGGAGGUUAAAUGAGAGUGGUUCUGAGGUAGACCCAGUCUGAAGGGGAACGUCUCGGACAGCGACCGUUCACAUCACGGAUGGAAUAUCCACUUAAACGUGCUGGACAGUGUUUAAAACUUCAUAAUAUGUAUACAACAGUACUCUCUUAGUUUAGAGUUUAGCUACAAUGUCCAAAUCGACACCUUAUGUGCCUUAGGCUAUGUUAACGUCGACUCCAUCCUUGUUUGCCGUAUCUAUCUAUCUUGUAGUGGAUACACAGUCGGGUGAUAUGUUGCUGUAGAAAUGUUUGGUUGUGUAUGCUAACUGCAAAUACUUACACUUGUACAUUUAUAUUUGGAUGAGUAUGAUGGAUACAAUAUAGAUAGAUUGUGUGUGAUAUUAGAAAUAGAUAGGAGGCCAUAUUUAAUCAGCAUCAUACUCUGAUGUACAAAAAGAAAAGAUAGGUGAUCUUUACUUCGGGAUAGAGCGCCUUGUUCUAAUGGUCGAAUAGUACUCAGAAGUAGACAUAUGCCUUUUGAUGCGAGUAAUAAAUUGGGGCAGGACACCCACUGACUGCUGAUCUUGUCACUCACACUACUAUACAUGUCUAUGGUUUACCAUUGUUAUUGUGACUUCAUGCGUCACCUUGUUCGUUAGGAGGAUGUAUACCAUUCCUUAAUCAUGCCAGGAAUAUCUCGGAAGUGUAAUAAGUUCUACUUAAGUGCUCAAGUUUUUGGUGUAUGAAUUGUGAAAAGACAAAUGACUGGUUCUGUUAAAACUGUUAUACCCACUUAUGGGAUAACAAUGGCGCCAUUAUGAUUUAUUGAAUACAUCCUGAAGAUUGAGAACACGGUAUUCAGGGUGUAGUUGAAAGAGAUUGAGAACACGGUAUUCAGGAUGUGGUUGAAAAAUACUGAUUUUAUGGCUUCUGCGGAUGGUGUACUGUAAUGGCUAUUUUUGCCUUGUAUAGAUGCUGAUCACUGUAUCCCAUGAGGUUGUAUGUAGUUCACAUUUUGAACAGUUUUAAAUUAUUUUACUGCGUCUAAAAGAAUAUUUAACACCUGUGCAGCUUUUAGUGUUAUUUUGGUUUAGAUUUUACACAUUUUUCAUAGCUUGUUUAAAAUAGUUCUGUUCCUAAAUGCUGGUGUUCUUUAUAGUUACACUAAAGGGAAUGGAGAUUCGAGAUUCGUUGCUGUUCCCGUCUCACCAAUAUUUAAUGAAAUGCCAAUGGCCUGACGGAUCCAACCAUGCGGUGAGUUGUUCCCCCUGGCCGCCAGGAGUGCAGGAGUUUGGAAGGGCCUCUCGGUUUUCUGCGUGGACUUGUGUCAACUCAAGGCGCCAAACCGAGAGGGAAACUGUCUGGAAUUUCAAGUUUCAUAUUUCUGCCAUGUGUUACCCUCUACAAUCUGUGACAUCGUUUUGAAUUUUUUUUCUCUCUCGUUUUUUGCACUAAGCAUGUUUGCCGAGGUUAUUGGUCUUCGCCGUUCAAGACAGCCACUUCUUUCCUCUUCCUUUUGAAAAGAACAUACGACCACAUGGUGACCGGACUGUUUGCGUUCCCUAUGUUUGUGAUGGAGUCUUGUCAACACUUGUUGGUGAUGCGGUUUUCCGGAGGCCUUGCUUGUCAAGCUCUAGAUGAUGACGACACUGUGUGAUAAAUACAUAGAGCCUGGUAGAGCUAACAGACGUUGUCUCAGCACCCUCUGUCGGUCCCAGCGGCUGACUGGACAGACCGGGUCUGUCUGCCUGGAUAUUGUUGUCGUUGGUAUAGGAUAAUUCAUAAGAAAGGAUUGUUUCAGUCGUGUCACUUCUCUCCUGUCCUGUGUGGAUCGAUCCCAUUUCUGGGACCAGCAGUUUUGUUUCUCGACUGCCAGCUUUGGUUUAAGUAAACAACCAUCGUGUUCCUUCUCCCGCCAACGAACAAAACACAACCUACUUCAGCGGCCCAAUCCUUUGCAAUUAAGGGAUGUGCACAGAUUUUACGCUUGAUACCUUUUUAAUCUGCCUUAAGUCGUGGGCAAACAGUACACAAUGGCGUGGAUUAGUGUCUUUUAGAGAAAUUAUUCCGCCAUCAAUCGAAUAGCCUUAGGUCAGAGAGCUCAUGCGGGUCCCAGCCCGAUAAGCCGUGCACAAAAAAUCACGUUUAAAAAGUGUAGUAGAGCGACUUGUACCUAAUAUAUUGUCAAACCAUUCCAUGCAGACUUACAUAAUUCCACCUAACAUCGUGGCACUACCACUAUCAUUAGAUUCUUAUGAACCUUUGAAACUCGUACAGUUUGUGAUAAUUCAGCAGAAAUACGUGCAUCAUAAAGACAUUCAUAUGGCAAUCUUCACCGAUAAUUGAUGUUUCACGAUGAACACACACCAACAAAUAACUACGGAAAUUCAUGGUUAGAAAUCUGGAAGGUGCGGUUUAAAAAACAAUUAAUUAACAAUUACAAGAUGCAAACAGUGUUUUCAGGGCGUAAAUUUAACCAGUAUCCAAGUCGUAUCCAAGUCGUAUACUAUGAGCUACCAUUUAUCAGAGAUUUAUCUCAGUUGCAAUUUUUCAUAUAUCCAAAAUGUAUUUAACACGGUGCGUAUACAAUCCUUUGCCCCCAGAUUCUAGACACCGUCCAUAUGUAAUUAGAUGAGAUUUAGUCAGUGUAAAAUUUGAAGCGUUUGAUGGAAUAUCCUUGAUACUUUCCCUGUAGCCAAAGAGCAUUAUGCUUGUCAGUUGUUUCUGUGUACUAAAGUUCCGUCAGAAUGGAACUUUGGCCCUAGAUGAUGGAGUAUAACCACAUUGUGUUCAAGUCUAAGCGUUUUACGAAGUACGUCAGUUUUUGAAAUACACCCGCACUGUCAAUCCAUUUGCGCCAGAAAUUAAUUAUAUGCAAUAAUUCGAAAACCUGUUGUAGUACUUCAUUGUUUCGUUCUUUGACCACCAUUUUUGCAUGUCGCUUUAAUUCUGAUUGCAAGAACUUGUAUGUAUUUAUUUAUUUAUUUGUGCUAGUCGUUACCAAGAGUAUAUCUGUAAGUUUCUCUAUAACAAGUUUUAUUUAGUUUUGAUUACAUAUUUGUCACACUUAUUUUAGACCGGACUCCCUUGGUAUUUGAAUCUCAUUUGCCCGUACCUUGUAUUUUUGUCCAGCUGUUUUACGGUAAACUGGUAUUUUGAGAAAAUAUACAGGGUCAUGGAUGUGUAACUUUUCUUUAAGAGGCUCUUUGUCAUUACGUUGUUGACACAUGCAUGGUGUCAUCACUGUUACAUUUGUGCACUUACAUUCUUUUAUCAUCAAUAUCAUCACAUGUGACACAUAUCACAUCAUUGGCUAUGUUUGUGGCACUUGUAUGGUCACAUCACUAUUUCAUAUCUGAUAUAUAGUCAAACCAUUCCAAACAGAUAUACACUUCCAUAAGUCCACUUAAUACAGUGAUAUUAAGCCCCCCCCCCCCCCCC